AUGUUUGCGCAGCAACCAAAAGGACCUCCUUCUAAUCGACCCCAAGCAACUUUAACGAGCCAAAGUGAAGCAGCUGCUAAAGAGAAGCUUGCUGGAUUUGUGUAUGAAUAUUUGGUACAUAAUGGUGCAACGAAAACUGCGGAAUCAUUCAAAGGUGAAAUGUUAUCGCAAAGUAAUGCUUCGAAAAAAAUCAAUAUUGGUGAUGCUCCGGGAUUUUUGCAAAAUUGGUUUUUCUUAUUUUGGGACUUGUAUUCAGCAGCUCCGGAAAGACGGGAUGCAUGUGAAGCUUCACAAGAAGCCAAAGCUUUUCAUGAAUACGGGUUUAUGAAUGCAAAUCAUGGCGUUCCUCCAGGUCCUGCUGGUGCACCAAUGAUGAAUGGUAUGCAUGGGUCUCACCUGUUUCCAUCAGCAGCUGCCAGCCCUCUAGGUAUGGGACCUGGACCAGGACCAGAUGGAUUAAUACCUGCUGGUUAUUAUCCACCUCGAACUGGACAGCCGGGACCUUCAGGUUCAACUAGUCAGUCAUCACCAAUAUCAGGUGUUCCUCCUUCUGGAAGUUUUGCUCCAGUUCCUCCAAGAUAUGGCAUGCCAUCAAGAAAUGGCCCACCAGGUCCAGGUAUGCCACCUGGCACUAACUUUCCUGGUGCUGGACCGCCUCAUAUGUUUAGUGAACAAAUGCGGCCUAUGCAGCCUCAACGACUACCUCCCAGUGCAGGUCCAAUGCGUAUGCCAACGAACUUUCCUGGUAUGCGACCGAAUGGCCCAAUGCGAUAUGGUUCUCAAAUGUACAUGGAAUCUCCCACUGGCACACCUUUUCCUCCGAACGCAAUGAUGCCAAACGGUACGAUAUGUUCCUCAACUCCUUCGAUGAUGUCAUCUCCAGGUCCACAAGGACCAAUGCCAACAGGUCCUGAUGGUCAAGCUGAUCCAAGGGGCUACAUGAUGAUGUCGACUGCUUCUAACAUGCCGUACGUGAUGCAUGGUUCAGAAGGCAGUAUGACUCCUGGGGCAGGUGGCAGAGGAUCGACUGGACCUCCAGGUUCAGGUCCUGAGCCACAAGUCACUUCAUUGUUAAACGGUGAUGAAAUGAAGCAGUCACCUGCUUCUACUCAUGGUGGACUGAAUGGUGGCACUCCAGGAGCAGCAGGUGGACCAGGCAGUCAAGCACCAGUGGGUGGUCCUGGCUCAGUAGCAGGGGCUGGAGUCGGUGGUCCUGGUUCAGUACACUCUCAAUCUGGUGCACCUCCGAAUGCCGUGGCUGGUGGCAGCCAAGGUAAUGGUCCUGGUAAUGGGUCCAGCACGAAUUCUGGUGGUGGUGGGCAAGUUAAUGAAGAAGCAAGCGAAAUAUCCAAGAUAAAACAAAGUUUGUUUGACGAUUUAAAACAUUUUGGCGCAAAAGAAGACAACAGUGCUGAGAAUUAUUUCUCUUAA